AUGACGCAAAAUACAACCUCAGAAGAAAAAAACAAUCUCACCAACGUGAAUUGUCCAACCCAGAUCAUCAUGAUGGGUCAAACGAUGGAAAGAGACGCUCCGAAUAUGGAUGCUCCACUUGAAAACAUUGACGUCAAUCAAAUAAGCGAUGGUUUGGAAGACAUUACGAAUUUUCAACAUCAAGAAUUAAAUUCAUCACAACAUACAACCAUCCCAAACCAAGGGCGAGAUAGUAAGGAAACACCUGGCUCUGUCAAGCUACAACCCGUACAGGUUAAAAACGAGUUCUUUCAAGGUUCAAAUACGAAAGCUCUUUCAAAGAAAUCAGAGCCCUAUCAACCAACUCCUCGGCAACUAAAAUCGCUAGAUAAACUCUCGGUACUUCCGCAAUGGAGAGUUGAUUUACAAAAUAAGAACAAGGAAGAAAUUGAGUUUAGAAAUCGUUUAAAGGAGAAGUACAAAACUGAGAUGUAUGGAUCAUGCGACGGCUAUUUGAAGAAACUUCAAGAAAUCCACGAAACAAAGAAAAGCAUUUCAAAAUCUUUCACAGCUUCAAAAAAACCAGCGUAUGUACCUGAGGGAAAGUAUGUACCACCUCCAAAACCAAAGAAGACAAUCGAGGAAGACAAACUGGUAUUUAAGAAACGAUUUGAAUACAAUCAAAAGGUAGCUAAGGUGAUUUUGGAAGAUAAUUUGAAAAAAUCAGAACGCAUUAAAAUAGAAAAACAAAAAGAGCAAGAAAGAUUGAAGGAAGAGGAGAGAAAAAAGAAGGAGAUGGAAACCGAGAGAAAGAAAAAAGAAACUGAGGAGAGAAGAAAGCAAUUGGCUCAGAUGAAGGAGAAGAAGCCACCUGUGUCAGGAGAAGAGCUGCACAAAGCAAGAAUGGAGAAAUUAAGACAAGAGAAGUUAAAAGUGCUGGCCAAGAAAAAAGUGGACAUUCAGUAUCCAGUAAUGAAAAAACUUGCAAGCAAGAAGAAAUUGGACACAACAAACACUACCGAACAAAAAGAGCGUGUCGAGGAAAAGAAGAACCAACUUGGAUCCUCGGAGCUAAUGGUUUCGAGCUCCGAACUCACUGCCAAAAGCUCCAUUCAAAACAAUGAGGCAGAACAAACUGUCAAAGAUCUUGAAAUGCCAAAUUGUGAACAACCAGAGCAGCAAGAGCUCAAUCAACCUGUACAUAAUAUUGAGGAAGAUAAUGAGGUAGAGUACGAAUCGUUGGAUGAGGAAGAGACAGAGGAAUUACAUGAUGUCCAUGAGGUUGAGAAUGAUGAAACCAAGGAAAGCAACCUGGAUCACACCUCUAUUCCCCAGCAAGAAGACAAACCUCAAACAGUAAUUUCAGAUAAUGUUAACGGUAACAACGUUUGGGAAGCUGACCAUAAUAUAUCUUUGAAUUUGUCAGAUGACGACUUGAGCGAGGAUGAAUGUGAUGAUGGUUCUGAGCACGGGAAUGAUGAGGAUAUUCAAUCUCCAAGCCAUACCAAAGAGCCAAACGAUAUUUCAGGUGACAGACCACUUGACGAAACUGACUUGAUUGCUAAAAAGAUAAUUUCAGAGUUAGUGAGUCAUUACGAAGAAAUCCAAGGACACAUACAAAAAUGUUUUGCAACUUAUGCUAAUGAUAUAUUUGAUCAAGGCUUGCUUAGUAGUGAUGAAUACAGCAACGUGUUCUCAGGCUUGGGAACUGUUCGUAGUGCGGUUGCCAACAUGGUUAGUGACUUAAAAACAGCCAUGGACUCGUGUGACAACUCGUGUGAUAUUUGGGAGAGUUCCAAUAUUGAAACAAUGAAGGAAGUGUAUAUUACGUACAUUAGAUCUCUACCCUUGGCUCUGGAAACCAGUUUAACAGCAUUCCGACAAACCCCUAAAUUCCAAUCUCUGGUUAGCUCUAAAUCAAAUGAUUUGUUUUUCUAUUUAAUGAUUCCUGUUGAAAUGAUAUUUUCACUCUCUAAAACUGUGCAAGACCUUGUACGCUACCGACCAUAUGAUGAAUCCGUGAAGUCAAUGCUGGCAUGUAUUGAAGAUUUACAAACCAUUCGAAUCGAGAUUACAGACAGUAAUUACUCCACUUUCAAGGUUUUGGAGCUUUAUAACAAACUUAAGACGACAGAAAUAUUAUCCAAAAAGCGAAACCUCCUUAAAGAGGGAGUGUUAUCGACGGAAGCUGAUUCCCAUUCAGUUUUCUUAUUUUCUGACAGCUUAGUUGUACUGACUCCAUCCAAGCAUUGGUUUAUUCCAUUUAAAAUUACAGAUGACAUUACUGGAGAGUACAAUGUGGUUGUAACGAAAGAUUCCGAUGAAAAUACUCUUGAAAUUGAUGAGCAUGAGGUUUCAUUCCAUGUGCGCUAUAAAUUCGAUAGCUAUGCUCAGGUGAAAGAGUGGAACAAAGCAUUCAAAGCUUGUCUCGAGUAA